ACAAACAUUGUCAUUCUUUUUGUUUUUGCUAAAGAACUAGGUACCAAGAUGAGGAGAUCAUCGCAACAACAAAGAACGGCAAACAAUCGUGUGAGGAUAGAGCAAGAUACGAAUCCCCUUCUAACAGCUUCCAAACCUCUGUGGACUCCUGCUCAGCGUAUCAUACCCUCCCAAACAAGCUCCAUCCAGUCAACUGGAAACGCCCCCCAAACUCCCCACAGAAACUAGCGGUGCACCUCGUCCGAAAUCUCCUGAACAACCCACCAUAACCACUCCAAAAGAACCUCCCUCCGGUGAACCCCAAGCACCUCCCAAAUCCGGCCAUGAACCUAGCACGCCACCACCCCUUGAUUCCUCUGGAAAUCCGGGUGCCAACGCAUCUCCGAAACAAGCCUUUGUCAUCGGGGUAUCGGGAGGUACAGCAUCCGGCAAGACUGCAGUGUGUAACAUGAUAAGUGACCGUCUCCUCAAAAAUUCUCAACCGCGGCUCUAUACAGAUUUUAGGGUUGUGGUAAUCAGUCAGGACUCAUUCUAUCACGAACGCUCUUUAAGAGAAGAGGGACUGGAAUAUGCAUCCAAGUUCAAUUUCGAUGAUCCCGAUGCAUUCGACAUGGAAAAGCUCUUAGAGUGCAUUAAAAAGCUCAAAUCCGGUCAAUCUGUUCAAGUGCCACAUGAAUACAAUUUUAAGGAGCAGCGCUAUGACAGUUAUCUGCAGGUGGAUCCAUGCAAUGUACUCAUCUUGAAAGGGACAUUGCUUUUGCAAAGUCAACAUGUCCGCAGCUUGUUGGAUAUGAAGAUUUUCAUUGAUACAGAUGCUGAUGUUAGGCUUGCCGGAAGAAUAAAGCGUGACACCUCUCCUGAGCUGGGUAGAAAUGUUACCUCUGUGCUCGAGCAGUAUUUGGACUUCGAGAAGCCUGCUUUUGAUACUUAUAUCUUCCCAUCAAGGAAGCAUGCAGAUUUCAUCAUACCCAAUGGUGUGAAGAACCAUCUUGCCAUGGAUGCAAUCUUGCAGCAAGUCCAGGAAAAGAUUGGUUAUCAUAACCUCUGCAACACAUUUCCCAAUGUAAAUGUCAUUGAACUUGCAGGCCAGAUGCUAUGCUUGCAUACUCUAAUUCGUGACAAGCAAAUAGGAAAGCAUGAAUUUAUUUUUCACGCGGAUCGUUUAGCUCGUCUGGUGGUGGAACGAGGUCUUGCCUGCUUUCCUUCUGCACAUUUUACAGAGAAGCAAGUAACUACUCCUCUAGGAGAACCAUAUAAGGGAUGUAGUUUCUCAAAGAAAUUAUUUGGCGUAUCCAUUAAUAGAAUUGGACAAGCCAUGGAGAAUGCAUUGCGUGCAUGCUGUGCAGAAGUUGACAUAGGAUUCAUCUUCGGAACUAGACCUGAGGUUGUUGGCACACUUCCAGAAGAUAUUUCAAAAAGGCAUAUCCUGCUCUUGGAUCCUGUUCUUGCCUCAGGUAAAUCUGCCAUCCGAGCAAUUGAACUUCUGAAGAAUGAGGGAAAGGAAGUCCACGAGUCUCAAAUCAUACUCCUCAACAUCAUCUGUGCUAAAGAAGGAAUAGAAAAGGUAUGCAAAAAAUAUCCAGAACUAAAAGUUGUGACUUCAGCUAUUGAUGUUGGAGUAAACGAACAAGGCAAGGUAAUACCUGGAAUUGGAGACUUUGGAGGCCGCUACUAUGGGACUAAUGACAUCUAAUUUCGAUCAUAUUAGUAAGUUGUAUAAAUAAAUUCAGAAAUAAAAAUUAAACUCCUACCUGGGAAGGCAUGAGUUUCUACCAUGUAUCACUGCCACGCUGUCAUAUUAAUUAUAAUAAUAAUUUAUUUUCUUUUCUUUUCUUUUUC